AUGGAUGUGCUGAGUAGAAUGUUGGAGGGGGUGGUGGACAGGGGCUUCAUCUCGAGCUUCUCGGUGGGCGGUUCCUCGCAUGGUAGCAUAUCAGUCACUCAUCUCCUUUUCGCCGAUGAUAUGUUGAUUUUCUGUGACCCAGAUCCCGACCAAAUUCGCUCCUUGAGAGCUCUCCUUUGUUUUGAAGCUGUCUCUGGUCUUAUUAUGAAUUUAUCACAGUCUGAAAUUGUUCCAGUUGGUUUGGUAAAUAAUUUAAGCGAAGUGGCGGCCAUCUUGGGCUGCAAGGUGUCAUCCUUGCCUAUGAAAUACCUAAGACUUCCUUUAGAGGCUCCUCAUAAAUCCAAGGCAAUGUGGGAUGGGAUUGUUGAGAAAAUCGAAUGCAAGCUGGCGGAUUUGAGGUGGGGAGGGAUUGCAUCAGAUAAGGAUGCUUCCGUGGCUGAUAAUAUGAGCACAUUUGCUGAUUCUCUUCAUUUGUCCGUGAAUUUUUCUAGAGUUGUACAUGAUUGGGAGGUGGACGACAUUGCUGAAUUUUACAAUGUUUUAUAUACGCUGAAAGUGCAAGGAAGGGAGGAUAGACUAUUAUGGACAUGUACAGGGAACAAGACAUUUUCAGUCCGCCUUUAUUACAAGAUAUUGACAGUUCACCCCUCCAAUGCCUUCCCUUGGUUGGAUUGGUUGGCAAAUGGGCUUCUCAAAGCUUUUAUUGGAGAAUUGAAGCGUUUAGAGCUACAGGUGGAUGAUAGAUUCCUUGUGCUGCAUAUUGCUGAGAAGAACAAGAGGGCAUUGAGCCAAAUAUCUCUUGGUGGGAAGUAG